ACUUUAGACCUGUAGCAGCUCGCUCUGUGGAACUGGAACAAUGUGUCAUUGACAUCCACACAUUGUUUGGUUAAACACUGACUGCACGGGCUGCAUUUUUUGGUUUCCCUGGUAAGAAAGUGAGCACUGCAGGCCCUUGGCAUUUUUCAGAAAACCAGAGACAGUCUGAAGCCCAGUUAAAAAAAAAAAGAAAGAAAAGGGGGAGGAUAAGGAGGCCGUGCUAACCAAAACGUGAUGUUCCCUAGCAACACUUGGGCGCGGCAGCGCUAAAUCAUCAGGGAUCAUGGUUGUAAAUAGGGAAAGCAUGCCAGUGACUGUGAGUUUCCUCCUACACAUGAGAUAAAGUAUUUUAUUAAGCCGUUCUUUAAUACAAUUCACAGCCUCGAUCACUCGAACAGGCCCACAGAUAUUGUCCUUUUUCGUGAUUCCAACUAUCUCAAUUUUCUUAUUCACGGAAAACAUGAGGUGAUAAGGUUACUUCACAAUAUUUAGACGAGGAGAUCUGAAGGUUAAUGUCUUAAUUCUUGACGAGUUUUGCACUAUUUCCUUUACAGAUUUGGACCAAUCAGAACUGAACAAUUUGUUUUCCUCCCCUCCAUAAGCAGUCUGACACUAAUGCAAACAAAAAAAAGACCAGUGUGGGGAAGAGAUUAAGAAAUGAUAAAAAAUGUUUUGAUUGUGAUUUCUUUGGAAGUGGUUGCCUAUAGGAACCCAUUUGAAGUUAUACCUGAAAAAAUGAUUCUAUCACAUUCAGAAUCUUCUCAUAUGGCAGAAGCUACUCUUGGUGUCUAACAUGUUGCUUUCCCACCAGAGGACCAAACUUUAAACUUCAAAAGUUCAUAUGACACUGAGGCGUUAAUGUCAGUUUCAGUGCUGUGUCAUUGGAGAACUUUGUCCCGUAUUAUACUUCCUUAACAAUCGCUCGAGGGCCUCCGUUUAUUAUUUUAACACCGAGCCAAUUUUUGAUAUAGGCCUAAAUGAUAAGACACAACAAAGUAAUGUAUUGAUCAUCAGCUUAGAUUUUACACCAGUUUAUUUUAAACUGAUGAUGCGGUCAGCACAAAUUAUUUAUUCAUAUUUCUCACAACAUUACCCUGAUAUAUUUCAGAAUGAAACUUUGUGAAAUACACAACGGUAAAAGUUUGACAAUCUGCUCUAAGGCAACUUUCAGAGUUAUAGUUUUAUGCAUUACACGGGCAGGAUCACUGAUGUUAGUCUUCGGUCUGGAACGCCAGUCAACUCUUCAGUGAUGACAAAGGAUAAAGAAGCAAACAAACAACACCAGCAAUAAAAUAGAAUAAGAGAAAAGAGAGAAAAGCUAGAUUGAAGAGAUUGGAAAUGAAGUAGUUUCUCUCAAGUCACAACACCUGCGAGACAGGAUUCAGAAAUCCUCACAAUGUGGCAGUGUGACCGGUUUGUCUUGACCUCUUGGUCGUCCACCGUCUGAAUGACAGAGCUAAGCCUGCAGGGAGCUGGUUACAUUCAGAGUCAUAAACAGUCCCACGUUGAACUGCACUAUGGGGUUUUUUUGCCUCUUUAAAAAAAAUAGGCUUAUAAAUGAUAAGAACUUCAUAAAAAGAUUUCUUUAACCACCUGUUUUUAAACAGUCUGGAAACUGCCACUAUGAAACUGAACAGGCCACAGGCCUCCCACACUGCAGCGGACACGACUGAUAAGAACAUCUGCAGAAGUCAAACGAGAACUGAAGCAUUUUUAUCAUAGUUUUAGACAAUAUGCAUAAACACGGAAUUCUUGGCCAUGUUUUAACCUUUUUGCCUCAAACUAAAUCUCAUCAAGUUACCGAUGAAAGAUUUACAAAGCCUCAACCAUCACAAAUGAAAGAAAGAGAUGAAGAGAAAUGCAACACGAGUGUAUGUUCAUUUCAUGUAUACACUCAAUGUGUCAUAGUUAUAAUGAAAAGCAUUCAGUUAUUCAAGAGAAAACACUUCAAUAUCUUUUUUAACAUAUGUUUUGCAUUAAAUUGUGACAGUGCACACUCAAAAAGGAUAGUUUUUAUUCUUUGUUUUUUUUGAAUUUAGACAUUGUGACACUUCCAAAGUAUUAUCAGUUUAAACUCAGUUGACAUAUAGCGUAUGUGACCAGACAAAAAAAAUGACCCCAUGAAUGGAAAUACAUUUCUUAAUUUGAUGUAGCGGAAAAUGUUUCUUACAUGAAUGUUCAUAUCAGUAAUGAAGCAAGUUGGCUUUUUUGAAAAAAGGAGAAAUGUUCUGUUAUCUUAUCUAUCACGAGAGGACCUGUGAGUUCUGUGCAAUGCAACAUGUUCCCCUUUUUUUGUUUCUUUUUUCUUUUUAUUACCAAGUUAUUAUCUGCUUGACUUACGUCCUCACGUCCUUCUUGUUUUAAGAGAACCUCCACUCGACCAAAAAGAAGAAUGUACUGUAUUUGCACUACUGUACUAUGAAUGACUGUGAACUAGUGUGAGCGUCGUACCUAGAUGAUAAAUAAUAGAGGCGCGUGUAUUUUGUUGUAUAAUCAAUGGCUAAAAAAAUUUAAAGGGGUAAUCAAGGACAUCAGUUCAAUUAAAUUCUAUUUGUAAAGCGCCAAAUCAGGACAUACAUUAUCUCAAGGCACUUAAUAUAGGGAGGCCGAGACCUCACAAUAUUACAGAGAAACCCAUUGAUUCCACGAUGAGCAGCAGUUGGCGUCUUUGGAGGAAAAACACUCCCUCUGAACAGGAAGAAAGUUGUGCAGAGCCAGAACAGAACCAGACUCAGUUGUGGGCGGAACAUCGGCCUCGAGAGAGGAGAGGAGAGGAAGAUGGAGACCUGGAACAUUUGUGCGACUGUUGGAUCAUAUAGCUACAGUGGCUUCAGAUUUCUUUUUAUUGUGAGACAGAUGCUCCAGAUGUAAUAAUGUAAAUAUUUCAACAUGGUAAUUCUUUUUCUUUCUUUUCAAAUGUUAAAAAUAUAUGUUUGGAGGAGAUUUUUAAACAUGAACUUUUCCUCCCACUUGGAAACAAUUUUUCUGCAGAGAAUGAGAGUAGACUCACUUUGUAAAGUUGUAAAUAGCGCAGGGAGACCCCCAGGGGCAGAACUCUUUGCUGUGUGUCUCACUUUGACCUGUAAACAUCGAGGGAACUUUUGAACCACUCCCCCUCCUUUCCCCCCUGUUGCCGAGGUCCACUCCGGACCGCAGAUGACCGACGAUGGCCACGUCUCUCCUCAGAGAAUUCCUUCUCACCUUUUUCAUGCCACAAAAGUGCUAUGAGGAGAUUCUCGUCAACUUCCACUGGCACGUGCCGUGUCUGCUGUAUGUGCUGAAGAAAGCUGCAGGGUAUUGGAUCUUACUGGACACACUCCUGGCACCGUUGCCUCAGCUGCUGAAGAUACUGUGGCGAGGAAGAGCAGACGGCCUGAGUCCUCCCUCUGUGCUGCUGCAGCUUUACGCCGCCUCGUGUCCUGUGGUGUACGCCGUGGCCAACAGCUUCCCACUCUUUGCCUGGGCUGAGAGGCUCUUCACGUUGGCCCAGAUCGCUGCCGUCGCCUUCCUCGUCCUGCAUCAUCGUGGUAAAACUGCAACAGGAACGCUGCUUCUCUUGUCUUACGUCGGUCUAAUGUUCCUCCUGGGCUCGUAUGCGCCUGCAGCAGUGGCCUCGGGGAUGCAGGCCUCCAGUGUGGCAUCUCUGAUUGCGAGCAAGGUUCUCCAGGCUAGAAGUAACUACUGCAACGGUCACACAGGCCAACUGUCCACGCUGUCGGUGUUACUGACGUGGGCAGGCUCUCUGGGAGUUGUCUUUGUUGCUCUACAGGAGACAGACGGUGCUCUGGCCACUCUGUCACACGUGCUGUCGGCCUGUCUCAGCUGUGUCCUCCUGGCCCAAGUCCUCGGCGGCUGCAGGCGCAGCACCGCCGCGAAGAAGAAGAGCGAGUAGAGGUGGAGGACAGUGACAAAUCGCACCGGGUGCAGAUGAGCUCUGUCAUUUACUCAAGGCUGUGUGAUUCUGUGCCAGAUGCAGCCGCAUCAAUGACUCAAACACAGCGUCGGUGUAGCCGUAAAUUAGCAUGUCCCCCCGGGUGUCAUGUUUACAUCACUGCCGGUCACUAAAUGUGUGAAGUGUGUUUCGGAUCACAACAUACUCCGUUUGACUUCAGUCUCUGCUCAGAGUGCAAUUACUCCACUAUAUCUUUUCAUAGAAUAUAUUUUUGGGCCUCGAUAUGAAUGUUUAAAUAUUGUGUGUAUAUAACCCUUGUCUGUGUGAAUGAAAACAGAGCUGCCAUCAAGUGAUCAAUAUAAUCAGAAUGACCUCACUCUCAGGGUCAAUAGAAUUCAAUGGAAGCAACAUGUGACUUUAAAAUUAAAACUUCUUGGAUGUACAGUA